GGGAGACGGCAAUAUGGCGAGAAUGCCUGGCAGCGGCGGCGCCAGCGGAGACUGGAGCACCGGGGGCGGUAGCGGUGGUGCAGGUGGUGAGCACAAUGCGGGGGACCGGCAGCCCAGCCGGGGUGGCCCCCACCGGCCUCUACAUUAUUGCAGCGCGGGAGAGGACGAGGAUGGGGAGGACGAGGAUGAGAUUCAGGAGGUGCAAAUAACGGGGGACGAGGAGGGCGCCGAUGGGGGACUCCUGCUGCUGGACGACGACGAGGAAGAAGAAGAGGACGAUGUGAUGAUGGGACUUGCGUGGGACCCCGAGGAAGAGCCGGGCCAUAUGAUUCGUAUGGACCAAAGCUCCAGGGCGCUGCUGGAUAAAGCUGCGGCUGCUGUUUGCGGCGUCAGGGGCAGCCUCGGAGGGGUCAGAAGAGGGGGCACAGGGGCCAUCGGGGCCGCUGCAGGUGGCGCCCCCUCGGUGCCGGUGAGCGCCCGCGGUAUGACCACUUCGGUCGUUAGCAAAGCGGUGGCACCGCUUGCCGCCGAGGACUCAGACCCGGAGGCGGAGUUGCUCCUGCAGCGCCCCGAGCGGGCUCGGCUGAGCGAGAACACGCGCUUGGCCACCCGGUACGCGGUGCGCAUCUUCCGCGAGUACCUGAGCGAGAAAGCCCAAAGCCCCGACUUCGAGACCAUGGACAAGGGGGCGCUGUGCCGCGUGUUACGCUCUUUCUACGCCGAGGCGCGCUCCAAAAGCGGGCAGCUCUACUCCAAGUCGUCGCUCAUCAGCAUCCGUAGCUCUCUCAACCGCUACCUCAACGAACCUCCUUACUGCCGCACCCUCGACCUCACCAAGGAUCCGGAGCUGCGCGCCGCUAACCUGACUCUGGCCGCUGUCAUCCGGAAGUUGGAGGAGCAGGGCGCCGGGCCGGUGGUGCAAAAACAAGCCAUUACGCGCGCUGACCUUAGGAAGCUCUACACUUGCAACGUGUUCAGCACGCAGAGUCCCUUCGGGCUCCUUAACAAGGUUUGGUUCGAGACGUGCAUGUACUUCUGCACGCGGGGCCGCGAGAACCAGCGCGAGCUGGAGGAGGACUCCUUCGGGUUGGCCAUGGACGAGGACGGGCGCAAAUUUGUCUACUUUAAGGCCCUGGGGCCGUAUCAUAAGUCGCGCUCGUCGUCUUGGAGCAAAAAGCGCGCCGAGAGCAGCGACGAGGAGAAUUUGCCGCGCAUGUACGAAACCGGCACGGAGUUCUGCCCUUACGCCAGUUUUGUGAAAUACUUGGCGAAGCGUAACCCGCUCUGCAAGGCCUUUUUCCAGCGCCCGCGGGACCACUGCAGCGAGGGCGACGUCACCUGGUAUGAGAACAAGGCCAUCGGCAAGAACCUGCUGGGCACCCGCAUGCAGAUGCUCUCCAAGGCGGCCAAGCUUUCCAAGACUUAUACUAACCACUGCAUCGGCGCAGUCUCCAUCGCCACCCUCAACAGUAUCGCCGGCAUCGGCACCAAGCUGACUUCAGGGACCACCGGCGGAGGAGGUUUCUAUGGCCUCAACGGCAGAGGCCGCCUCCCACCCGUUCCCGCCAACAAUACUUACAUUCUCCCCAAAGACGGCGACAACCACCCCAGCGUCAAGGCCGAGGCGGCUGCUGUUCUGGUGCCGACCAAGCGCUCCCACGAGGCCAUGUACGUUGCCGGGGGCGGGGCCGCGGUAGUGGGAGAUGCCUGCGGCCCUUCCUCGUCCCCCAAAAGACUUUGUCUCAGGCCUGCCGAGCCCCUCGACACCGCUGCCGUCGUGGUGGUCUCGGUGAAACACGACCCCUUGCCUCUCCUCAUACCUGAAGCCAACGGGCCGAGAAGCACCAACUCUCCCACAGUCAUUUCACCUGCAAUGGUUUCCCCCACACAGGACAGUCGGCCCAAUAUGUCAAGACCUCUGAUCACUAGGUCCCCUGCAUCUCCUUUGAACAAUCAAGGCAUCCCCACACCAGCACAACUCACAAAAUCUAAUGCACCGGUUCAUAUUGACGUGGGUGGGCACAUGUACACCAGCAGCUUGGCCACACUAACUAAAUAUCCCGAAUCAAGAAUUGGGAGGCUAUUUGAUGGCACAGAGCCCAUUGUUUUGGAUAGCCUGAAGCAGCACUACUUCAUCGACAGAGAUGGCCAAAUGUUCAGAUAUAUUUUGAAUUUUCUACGAACUUCAAAACUGCUCAUCCCGGAUGAUUUCAAGGAUUACAGUUUGUUAUAUGAAGAAGCAAAGUAUUUUCAGCUUCAGCCCAUGCUAGGGGAAAUGGAAAGAUGGAAACAGGAUCGAGAGACAGGCCGGUUUUCGAAAUCUUGUGAGUGCUUGGUUGUACGUGUUGCUCCGGAUCUUGGAGAAAGAAUUACUUUGAGUGGAGAUAAAUCUUUAAUAGAAGAAGUUUUCCCAGAAAUUGGUGACGUAAUGUGCAAUUCAGUCAAUGCAGGUUGGAAUCAUGACUCAACGCAUGUCAUCAGAUUUCCAUUAAAUGGAUACUGUCACCUCAAUUCAGUUCAGGUACUUGAAAGAUUGCAACAAAGAGGAUUUGAAAUUGUUGGCUCAUGUGGGGGAGGAGUGGACUCUUCUCAAUUCAGUGAAUACGUUCUUAAGCGAGAACUCAGAAGGACAUCUCGUUCAUCUUCAGUCAUUCGAAUAAAACAAGAACCUCUGGACUAAGGACACUUUUUCUUAUGCAACACAAGGGGAACCUUUUUCAUGUGCAGUUGGGACACCAAACAGCUUUAGAAUGAAAAGUUGAAUAAAGAUAUGUUUAUAUCAAAUAUAGAGACCAUGCCUGUAUUCAGAUGAGAGCAUUUGGAAUAGUAAUAAUAACUACAAGGUGUAAAAUAUGUAUAUGUGAACCAUUACGUUUGCAAAAGAAAAUAAAAAUGGGUAAGUGAGGUUGGUGCUGUGAUGGACAUUAAGUCUCCUAGGCCUUAGUAAGGCCUGAUUGACCGUGAAGAAGCCAUUGCCAUUACUGGAAGCUAACAUCUCUUUUCUUUUUUCCAUUAUUAAAUGGCAGUCUGCUUUUCAGUGUACACAUCUUGAAUCAAGUUUACAGAUGCCUGUUUUGGAAGUGACUGAAGAGAACUCCAGAAGAGUUUUCUUCAUCCACUGCAAAAGAAAAGGUCAUAAACAAGGAUUUAAAAUGUAGCUUUUACAGAAGUCAUACACUUCUGCCCACCUGACAGAUGUGAACAUUUUUCUCUCUUUCUAAAAAGGAUCUAGAAUUUAUUAUUAUAUAGUAGAGUGGCCCUGGUUUGAAUCUAAUGAAUUCAAAGUGUUUUUUUAACUUGCUAAUAUAUGAAGUAUAAUAAAUUCACUUAAAAGGAACUAUUAAAAUCAGCAUUAAACAACGAGAUAAUUUUUUUUAAAAAUAUAGCUUUUAACUCACUUUUAUGCAUUUACAGGCUGCAAUGCCAUACACACUUAUCUGAGAAUCAGUCUUACUGAUCUCAGGAGAUACGUAUAGAAUUGCACUGUAAACGAUGAAUUCUGUUUGGAAAAAAUAUGAAGGCAUGAAGAAAUUAGUAAAAAAAGUGGUAUCCUCUAAUCCACCGUAGCAAAAGAAAAUCUGUUGCACUUUAUAGUGCUACUUUCUCUUCUUCACUGAUUUAAGCCUUGUUUGAAAAGGUGGCUGUAUGAUAAAAUCCCAAUGCUAGUCUUAGAAUUUUAUAGAUUUUUUUAAAGACUUGGUAAAGCAAUUAAUUGGAGAUUUACAUAAUUCAAGUACACCUAACACCUCUGCUUGGUAUAGCUUCAUCAGUGUUUUUAGAUUUGUCCUCUUGAAUCUUAUAUUCAAUUGUUUUUUACAACGUAUGCUUCCAUUUUGCAUUGUUUUGCCUUUCUCAAAACAGGAAAGUUAGUUCUCUACCACCAUCAUCAUCAGGGAUCCCAGGGUUACUGGGAGUUCAUUCACUUUGUACUAAUUCAUUACUUUGUUACUUUGGUAUCUGAAGUCAUCUAUGUUUAAUCUACAUUUUUAUUAAAAUAACAAAUGCCAUAUUGUCAGGACCCAUAAGAAUAAUUAUUGGCUGUUGGUUCUUUUUCCCCAAUGUGAGUCAAAAAAUUACUGAGAAAACGUUUAUUAGUUGGCAAAAUGCAUACUGCAUUAUAAUGGGGUAUAUUGCAGUUGGAGUUUCUCUUAUCUUUUUUUUUUCUUUACCUAUUUUUUAAUGUGAAGUUUGGAAAAAGAAAUGUUUUUUUUUAAAAAAAGAAUGAAAAAGGAGCAUGAAUAAAUCUGUAAAAAUAAAAGAAUAGUGCAUUGCUUAAGUUGGUCUUAAUAAGACUUUUAUGUUACAUGUUUUAAAGAUCCUCUUCUCAAGGACCAACAUAGUUCCCCCCUUUUUGUCCAAGUAAUAUUAACUAAGUGGAUUUGGAAGAGAUUGCAAAUUAUACUACAGAAGCCCCAAAGUGUUGAGAAAAUGAUGCUUUUCUUGCCUACUCCUCGCUAUUACAAUAUCCUUUCCUAAAAAGAAUAUUUCUAUGUACAAUCUAACCAUCCAUCCAAAAUAGCUCUAAUCAAUAAAAACUAAAAGCAUUACCAAUGAGAGUUUUUAUUUAAUGUGAAAUAACCUAAUCACAUACAGCAAUUGAAAGAAUAAAUCCCUAAAAUAUGUUGAUUAAAAUAGAGCACAAGUAAUCUUGUGCCAUUCCAGAAGUGAAGGCUUGUAAAAUUGAUAUAAUCUCAUUUAUCUAAUGUCUUAUGUAUCAUAAACAGUUAAGGUAAAAAUGAUGGAUGGCAAUGAUAUUAACAUACAGUUUCAUUAAGGUAUAUUAAAUUUGUGUUCCCAAAUCUGUAAAUUUGGACCAUAGCAGUAAUAACUGCAUUGCUGUAUUUGGAUUAUUGUUAUAUGCUUAUUUUUUUAACGGGAAUUAGCUUUAAUGGAUGUGCAUUUUUAUCUUAUUUUGCACUAU